AUGUGGCAAUGUGUGUAUUCGGCAGGAAUUGCAUUCUACCUCGUGGGCAACUAUCCAGAGUGGCGAGAGGGAAUAUUCUCCGUGGUUCGGGACGUCUCAUCACUAUUUCAAUGGCUCUUGUCGCGCGGGGCACCGGGCCUCUCGGCAAGGUCGACGUGCAAAAGGGUCAUCCAACAUGACUCGGCGUCGAUUUGGACGCCGACAAGGCCUUCGGCCAUCAAAUCGCGGACCAAGGCCUUGAUGGCCACGGGAACCAUAACCACCGAGGCUUGCGACACGUACCACGGCCAUCAAAUUCCGCUUCACUUACCAGACAUGGCCGGCAUGGUUGCCGCCAUGAACGACCCCUUCAUCGUCAUGACGGACUGCAGCUCUCUGGGGUUCGCCCGAGUGGUAUGGGACUUUAUCGCCUUGAAAAUCAGCCAGUACCGAAACGACGGAAACGGGCAUUGCUUCUUCGUUUUUCACCCUGAUAACGCUUGGAUGGGCGCGUUUGUGAGGCUGGAGAGGGCGGAGGGACAGCUCCCGCCCGAGUUUAUAGGUGUUGCGCAUGACCUCUUUGUGCUUUGCAGAUGGAUGCUCUGCGUCAGGGUGGCGCUGGUUCAGGCCAUGGGAGAUGCUGGCAAGGGGAUCCGGUUCCAUAUUCUGAUACCGAGCUCUGAGCCGAUGGUCAUGCCGCGGCCGUUGAGCUUCAUCGAUGCAUUGUAUCCGUUGACACUCGAAGGGCCAACCAGGCGAGGGCAGACGCUCGUCUGGCUGCGCGUGGUGCCGGAAUCGGCGGGCGUGCUCAAGGAUAUCGGGGCCGUGCCGUCGCCAUGUCCCGUUGGCGCAGAGCGAAAGGCCUGUGCUGCUGUGUGUAUCAUGUGGAUUGUUGCUUCUCCUGCGCUCGUCAUGGUCUGCAAGUUGCUUUGCUCGCCGAGGACCCCGUUUUAUAUGGCGCUAUCUUUUACGACUGUUUUCCAUGGCUUGGCUUUGGUCGCUACGCUGUGGUUCAAGCGGGAGGUGAGGGACUAUUAUCUCCAGGAAGACGUGCCGGCAGUGUUGGGAUGA